CUCAUUACGUGGUUAGUUCCGGCGAAAAGUGGAUUUGCUGCUGCCAGAGGGGCUGCUGUAUCUUUAGAGCCAUGAGCUCCCAGCUGCAGGUCUUCUCCCCUCCCUCCAUCUCCUCCAGUGCCUUUUGCCGGGUCAAGAAGCUGAAGGUGGAGAGCAACGUGUGGGAUGUGUCCACUACUGAGGGCUAUGGCUCCAUGGCCGGACCCUCAGCCUACAGUUUCAACCCGGCCCUGGCUGUGCCGCCCUUCGCCCCCUCCCUGGUCUUCCCCCCGGUGGCGCCUGGCUCCAGGGGGCAGGUGGUGGUGAGGGCGGCCGACAGCACAGGCAGUGCCCCGCGGGGCUCGGGCCGACGCCUCGCCAACGAACAGGCCACCUCUUACGGCCACACCCACGCCGAGGCGGCCUCCGACACGCGGGCCCACCGCCACGGCCAGAAGAGGAAGGCGGAGGAGGCCAGCGAGGGCAGCGGCUGUGGCAGCGUCCAGAUCCUGGAGGAGCUUUCGGCCCCCGCCGCGACCUACUCCACCCGCACGGUGGGUGGCGGGGGAGGGGGCACGGGGCAGUCCAUCCCCCACUCGGCCACCACCACCAAGAGCAGCAGCUCCAACGGCGAGGGUGACUACCAGCUGGUGCAGCACGAGAUCCUGUGCUCCAUGGCCUGCAGCUACGAGGUGCUGGAAUUCCUGGGCAGGGGGACCUUCGGACAGGUGGCCAAGUGCUGGAAGAGGGGCACCAACGAGAUAGUGGCCAUCAAGAUCCUCAAGAACCACCCCUCCUACGCUCGCCAGGGCCAGAUCGAGGUUGGUAUCCUCAAUCGUUUGAGUGCGGAGAAUGCGGAUGAGUACAACUUUGUGCGUUCGUACGAGUGCUUCCAACACAAGGGCCACACCUGCCUGGUGUUUGAGAUGCUGGAGCAGAAUCUGUACGACUUCCUGAAGCACAGCAAGUUCAGCCCUCUUCCCCUGCGCCACAUCCGGCCCAUCUUACAACAGGUGGCCACAGCCCUGAUGAAGCUGAAGAGUUUGGGGCUAAUCCACGCCGAUCUGAAGCCAGAGAAUAUCAUGCUGGUGGAUCCCCUGAGACAGCCCUACCGGGUGAAGGUCAUCGACUUUGGCUCCGCCAGCCACGUCUCCAAGGCCGUCUGCUCCACAUACCUGCAGUCCAGAUACUACAGGGCGCCAGAGAUCAUUCUCGGCCUGCCCUUCUGCGAGGCCAUCGACAUGUGGUCCCUGGGCUGUGUGAUCGCAGAGCUGUUCCUGGGCUGGCCUCUGUACCCUGGAGCCUCGGAGUACGACCAGAUCCGCUACAUCUCCCAGACCCAGGGCCUGCCGGCAGAAUAUCUGCUUAGUGCCGGCACAAAGACCAGCCGCUUCUUCAACCGCGGCACAGACUCCAGCUACCCCCUCUGGAGACUCAAGACUCCUUCAGAGCAGGAGGUGGAGCUGGGCAUCAAGUCAAAGGAGGCCAGGAAAUACAUCUUCAACUGUCUGGAUGAUAUGAUGCAGGUCAACUUGUCUUCCCACCUGGAGGGAACAGACAUGCUGGCAGAGAAGGCCGACCGGAGGGAAUUCAUAGACCUCUUGAAAAGGAUGCUCCGAUUGGACGCAGACAAGAGGAUCACGCCCACAAAAACCCUGGGUCACCCCUUCGUCACGAUGAGCCACCUCAUGGAUUACCCCCACAGCUCUCAUGUGAAGUCGUGCUUUCAGAACAUGGAGAUCUGCAAGAGACGGAGCUCCUCCUACGAAAACAGCAAAUCCCUGUACUCCACCAACACUGUUCCCAGUGCCUCCGCGGGCAACCUCACGGUCACCUUUAGCAGUCAGCUCAACCAGCACAACCAGGUGCCUUCAGCAGCGGGGACGGUGCCACUGCUCAACUACCAGCCGGCUCUGUACCAGCAGGCUACCAUCAACAUUCCCGGUCUGACCCAGCAGGGCGUCCCGCUGCAGACCCGCGCUGCCGGCCUGUGCAGCCAGGCGGAGCCCUUCCAGCAGACGCUCAUCGUCUGCCCCCCCACCACCAUCCAAGGGCUGCAGUCCUCCAACAAGAGCGGCGCCUACCCUGUGAGGAUGGAUAACUCUGUGCCCAUAGUACCUCAGAACCAGUCGGCCCAGUCACUGCAGCUCCCGCCCAGCAUGCUCACCCAGGGCUCCUGCACCCCCCUGAUGGUGGCCACCCUGCACCCUCCGUCAGCAGGCCUAGCCCCCCAGUACUCUCUGCCCCUAGGGCUGGGCGCGGGGGUGUCCCGGCCCACCCUGCUGGAGCACACAGCCACAGUGCUGCAGGCCUGGCCCACCGGCACCCAGCAGAUCCUCAUCCCGUCGUCUUGGCAACAGGUCCCGGGCGUGGCCAUCCACGGCACGGCCCCCCCGUCGGCCGUGGUGGAGUCGCCGCUGGGAGUGCUCCACUCGGGCGUGGCCUCGCAGCAGGCCCACAGCUGGAGGUGGGUGGACCGGCCAGGUCAGCAUCUCCUCGGCUGGGACAAGGGGCAGCUCGGUGACCACGUCUCGUGUUUGUUGUCCCCCAGGAGCACAGCCCAGACCAGGUCCCAGCCGGAGAGGAAGAAGGUUAAGGCCCGGCGGGGAGAGAGCAGGAACAGGGGUCUGUCCACUACAUCACUGCUCAGCAGCAGUGAUGUGACGCCCGCGGUACUGUCCCAGCCCAUCAUCAUCUCGGACACGCCCAGCCCUGCAGUCAGCAUCAUCACCAUCCACAGUGACACGGACACGGAGGACGAGCGCAAGUUCCACCCCGCCAGUGUGAGUCUCAGCCAGAGGACCAACGUCAUCAGCUGCGUGACGGUGCACGACUCGGACUCGUCCAACGCCAGCCCGCUGACCCCGCUGACCCCGCUGGGCCGCGGCCACCUGCCCUCCAGCGUGCUGUCCUCCCGCCAGCACGCCAGGUCCCUGGCCGUGGUGGCGCCCUCCGUCAAGGCCCCGGCGUCGGACCGGGGCGCCGGCCCCCGCUCCCGCACCGAUACUGUGAACUACAUGAAGCCCAAGAGGUCUGCCAACCGCCAGACCUGCGGCUCCCGGGACGAUGCUGAGCGCCAGGGGCCCGCACCCAGCCAGUCACACCCCCUGAACCUCAGCCAGGUGCAGCCCGUGGUGUCCUCCUCCCAGGAGCGCCUCCGGGCGUCCCACCACCACCACCACCACCACCACCACUCUGCCGGCUCCUCCGCCCGCCGGCAGCAGACCUUCCUCCCCGCGACCCACUUCAGCUUCCCGGACGCGUCGGCCCUGACCGCGGCCCCGGGCGCCGGCCUCUACACCUACCCGGCGUCGGCGGCGCUCUCCUCGGCCUCCCAGGCCAUGGAGCAGCUCCUGGGCCACGCGCACGCCGCCGGCGGCCACGGACACUCCCCGGCCGGCUACGCCACGGCGGCCUCCUACGCCAGCGCCUCCUCGGCCCGCCGGGACGCCGCGGCCCGCAAGGACCAGGUGGCGGCCGGCCUGCUGCACGCGCUCCCGGCCGCCUACCAGCACCCCUUCGCCACCGCCUCGCCCUACGUCAGCGUGACGCCCCGCGCCGAGGCCUACGGAGCUUACCAGCUCAGCCCCCGUCGCCUGCCCCAGUACCCCUACCUAUAGAGGGGGUCCCCCUGGCUGUACCCCUACCUAUAGAGGGGGUCCCCCUGGCUGUACCCCUACCUAUAGAGGGGGUCCCCCUGGCUGUACCCCUACCUAUAGAGGGGUCGUCUCCAUACCCUGACACAUAGAGAGCUUCUCCCAGGCAGUAACAGUGUUUCCCAUACAUAGACCAAUGUGUGGCUGUUAGGACUCCACGUCUUACCCCCCCCCCCCCCCUGCCACAUAUUGCUACCUGGUCUGUGGGAAACACUGAGUAUCCUUUCUUACCUGUGUGCACCAGGUCUGUGCCCUUACCCACAGAAGGGUUCUCAAAGCGCGCCCACCCAUAAAGAGGGUCACCCGCCUCGCCUCGGCAGAGGCCUCUGUCCUCGUACCCCUAGCCCCCCAGAGCUCUCCCAGUACCCAGUCCUAGGCCUCGGAGGGUGGGCCUAACUCCCUCCCUCGGUCGCUAAGGGAGCCCAGAAGGCUGGUCUCUAGUGCAGGGCAGUGGUCAGGGUGGAAGCACAGGGGUUAUAUCAACUAUUAAACUGCUGCAGUUCACUAUAAGAAACCCCUUUUCACCAUGUCUAGUUUAAAUGCUCCUUUUAAACUCAUUUUUAAUGUUUUAUCCAACAUUUUGCAUUAUUUGACCUUGUAUCGGUUUAAUUAUCAUUUUAGGAUGUGUGUUUAGUUUUUAACACCCUCUCUAUUUUGUCCCUCCCCAUUUUAUUCAGAAGUGGGAUUUGGCGUUGUGAUAUAUGUUUGACACCCGUUUUGUUCAAGCGAUAGGGCUUUCUGUGAUAAGAGGAAUACUUCCUGUAACAUGACACUUUGCCUAUGCCCUGAAGCCUUGCACAAAAGGCUUGUUGAUCGCUGGCAAAAAAAAAAAACAAGGCUGGCCCGAAUUAUUCGAAUAUUCGAAUACUCGUUCUGAAAAUUAGUAUUCGAAGCUUAAAUCAGUAUUCGGAGCUUCGUUUUUUUUUCCACGUACGUGACAGAUCGAGGGAGGCAAACUAUAAGCGGCACCAAGCAGAGACGCGAGAGAGGUGGAGGAAGAUUAUAUAUCUUGUUUCCCUUUACUUUGUAACACAUCAGCGGGAUCUCGGGAGGAAAAGUAAUGCCUAGCGAAAUGCUAACCUUAGCUUAGUUGGUUGUUUACGUUCGCUGUACAGCGCCGCGCCAAUCAACUGUGACUGGCUUGCUGCAGAGCGUGAGCGUCUUGGCAAUACCCGGUCAAUAUAUUGGAUAUAAUAUGGACACAUACGACAAUCAAUAUUCGGUAUUUGUUAUGGAUUUAUGUACAAAGUCCCUGAAAAGAUGCACGUUCCAGGAUGAAUUGAAAAGCUCCCCUAACGGCUGAGGUGGUAGAGGACAGCUGAUUUGGAACGGAACAACAGCUGUUCGCUUCCACGGGGGAAAACUAAAAACUCCAACUUACUUGGGCCUUCUAAUUAACGUUAAAAAGAUAUUAAAUCUUCAACAAAAUAUGCAGAUACUGUCAAACUCGGUUCCAGGGAGUAUAUAGGUAUUAUUAAUGUUGUUUUUGAUGGUGUGUUUUUCUGGAACGAGUAUUCGAAUAUUCGCUCGGAAAAACCAACGAGUAUUCGAAGCCUGAAAAAUGACAUUCGGGCCAGCCCCUGUCCCAUGAGUUAAGUUAGUAAGUUUUAUGUGAGGCACUAAUCCCAUGAUAUUUCCUGUGUUUUGGCUCAUGUGUUUUGGCUGUAUCACUACAUUCAUCACAAAUAGUACUUAUUUUAUAAUGCAUAAAUUAUGUUUUUUGUCAGUGUGAGUUCGUUGAAGAUUUAUUCACUACCCGAGAGAAGUCCAUCUGCUGAGAAAGGCAUGGAUGGGACCGUGAUGGUUGUUUUUUAAUUUAAAAAAAUGCACAUGUGAUAGUGUCACAAUUAAUGUACUAAGUGUUUUAGGAAGGGCGCAUAUGGACCUUAUGCAAUAGAAACAUUUGAACUUCAUCAACUGUGAGUGCUGAAUGUAUUUAUCAAGUUAAACGUAUAGUGAUGGAUUGCGUGCCCAUCUUCAGGAACAAAGGAAUCCUCAAGUUUUAACAUGUAACGAAAAUGGACUUGGGAAAGAUUACUGUAUCCCCUCCUCUACCCGACACUCCGAGAUUACCAAAACUUCCUGGAAAUACCUGCUGAUCAUUAGCCAGAGAAUUGCUUUUUGUGGAGUAUUUUCUAGAUUACAUUUAUAUAAAAAAAAUAUGACUAGAUUUCUUACUAUUUUCCAUGUUUUAGAAACUAGCUCAUUAUAUUAAUCAAUAUACUUUAGCUAGAAUAUCCCAUUCUUUGAUCCAACAGUACUAAUGGAUUUAAUUGUAGCGUGAUGUUUAAGAGGCUAUAACGGCGUAAUCUCUGAUUUGUACCGACCCACUCGCGUGCUCACACAUACGUAAAUGAUGCUCUGCUGGCUUACACUGUCCAGAAUGGGACGCAGUAAGCGCGGCAAGUAACAUGCAAAGAACACGUACUAACACAAACUAGUAUUUUUAAUCAGAAACUAAUUUCAUUUGUUGUAAUCUUGUAUUUAUUUAACCAUUCCCAAUGAGUAGUACCAUAUUUGAAUAUACAUGCAAAGUUUGCAAGUGGGAUUUUUAAGUCUUGCUCGGAUGUAUUGUGGUGAAUGUAAACCACAACUGCAUCCUGCAUAAUAUGGUAUCGCUCGUGAUUAUUGAUGGUUUGUCUGUACGCUUAACCUUACGGAUGCACACUUGUCAUAAGCUCUCUGUUGGAAGUACACAUGGCUUUAAGUUUUGUAACAGUGUGGCAGACUUUCUCCCUCCGUCUGUGGUCAAGCAAGUUUCUCCUGGAAUCCUGAAACGAAAGGCUUUUGGAUUUGAUCUCAUCCCCAUUUGUUUUCAUAUGUCUUGCUGUUAAAUGUAUUUUUGGCUGUUGAUAUCCCAUCCUUCCAUGGCAUUGUUAAGAAGUUAUCUGGUAGACUAAUUCAGGGAUAAGGUUUCAGUUCAAACUAUCGUCACUGUUUUUCAAUAAAAUAACCUCAAGUCCA